UGACUAAUUUGCUUCAUAUACAGGUUGGUUACAUUGUUGGCCUUGGAGAUCGACAUGCCAUGAAUAUCUUAAUUGAUCAAGCCACUGCCGAAGUUGUUCACAUAGAUCUUGGUGUUGCCUUUGAACAGGGAUUGAUGCUUAAGACACCAGAGCGGGUUCCAUUCAGGCUUACAAGAGACAUAAUUGAUGGUAUGGGUGUCACUGGAGUGGAAGGGGUUUUCAGAAGAUGUUGUGAGGAAACUCUUUCUGUUAUGCGGACAAAUAAAGCAGCGCUGCUGACCAUUGUUGAAGUUUUUAUCCACGAUCCCCUGUAUAAGUGGGCACUAUCUCCUCUGAAGGCUUUGCAGCGUCAAAAGGAAACUGAUGAUGAUCUGGAGACAAUCUUGGAAGGCACACAAGACGAAUAUGAGGGGAACAAGGAUGCUGCACGUGCUUUGAUGCGUGUCAAACAAAAACUAGAUGGAUAUGAAGAAGGCGAAAUGCGGAGUGUACAUGGGCAGGUUCAACAACUUAUACAAGAUGCUAUCGAUUCUGAGCGUUUGUGUCAUUUGUUUCCUGGAUGGGCAUCUUGGAUGUGAUGAGAUCUGUCCUCUUCUGCUCAUCACCUUGUACAGGCGGCUUUCCAUUUUUGUGAAUAUUGAGGUGUUUUUCUUCUGUAGUCUGAUUUUUCGUAUUGGUUGUAAUUGGUGUGUAUAAUGAUACACGCGAACAAUUCAUGCUGUACAGGGUGCUUUUUUCCCGAUGUAUUUCUUUGCUUCUGUUCUGGAAGCAGCGUGUAAGAUUAAAAUUUUGAUCAGCGUUUUGUUUUUUCCUAAA